AUGCAAUUAGGUUUUCUGCAAAAUGGAUUGGAUUCAUCACCAGGUAGAAGUCAAGAUGGAAGUUUCAGGAAGUCUAGCUCUGUUAUUUCUGCUACUACUGUCUCUGGGGCAUCAGGGUUGAGCAAAUUUUUUCCUAUUUCGAAAAGAGUGUUAAAGGGACUCAAGGAAUAUGGAAGAAAACUGGUUGACUUUGAGUUAUUCACACAAUAUCUUGAGGAAUGGGUCUUGGAGAAUCUAAGUAAUGAUUCAGCAGGUGGAAUGCAUGGUUUUAGUUCUCUUUUUACUAUCGAUGAGUUGCGCAAGCUUGAUAUGGCGUUAGAGGGAGUUCCAUUUCAGCAACUAGUCCGUAUGCCGAUAUUCUCUGAGGAUUCUGAAGAGCUUAUAGAAGAUCAGUAUCUGGCUGCAGAGGAUUUCCUUCACGCCGUUAUCACUGGUCUAUGGCGUACAUUUUGGCAUAAAAGUGGACCGCUUCCGUUAUGUGUCUCGUGUCCCUCUCAUCCUGGUUCGAAGUUUAGUAGUGUUGAAAAAGCAAUAUCAAGAGGCAGGUUGAGGGAAAUGCACGGUUUAGGUUUGAUAUCGAAAACAUCAACCAGUUCAAAAGUUAAAUGGGAUCAAGUCGUCGAGUUUGCGGUAUUCAAGCCAGAAAUAUUGUUGGACAAUGCUUUGAGAGUAUCGGCCAAUACUAUUUGUGAAGCUCUCUUUUAUGGUUUUCAUGUUCUUAUUUCUCGGAGUUUGAGCAAGGUUAGUUCUGUCAACAGCGAUUCAGUUUUCCUUCUCGUUCUAGAUUCCAAUUCUGGACUCGUGAUCAAGUUCAGUGGUGACCUUGGAAAACUUGAUUUAUCGAAUUCGAGUAAUCCGUAUUUGUCUGUGGCUGAAUGGAUCAAAACUUACGCCGAAAUUUGUAUCACCCCAGUUGAACCGAUAUGGAACCAAUUGGGAAAUCCAAACUGGGGUGAUGUCGGAACUCUGCAGAUACUAUUGGCAACUUUCUAUUCCAUUGCUCAAUGGAAUGGUCCACCGCGAAAAUCAGUUGCCUCGUUGAUCUCAGACCAUAGCUUCCGCCUUCAGAAGCGCCGGACAGAAUGCUGCAUAAUCGAGACCGAAAAUGCACUGGUUCCUUAUCAUGAUCAUCAAGGAGGAGAGAUUGUUGCACUUGAUCAAAAUGAUUUAUUUUCGAACAACCAUGCCUCACGGCUGCAGCUCAAACAUGGUGACAUAUUGGUAUUGGAUGAUCCACAACAAGGCCAGAAAAGUUUCCAAAUUUAUGAAUACCUAGUCGGAGGGAACUAUUAUCUCUAUAGUGCCAUAUGUCUAGACCAUCCCUCGGCAUUACUGUCAUUAUACGUCGGCGCACACCCGUCUAGACUAGAGCCUUCUUGGGAGGAUAUGAGUCUUUGGUAUCAAGUGCAACGCCAAACAAAAGUCCUAAACAUUUUGAGGAAUCAAGGAAUUUUAAACAAAUAUUUACCCGAAAUUGUAGCCUCGGGUAGGAUUGUACAUUCAGGUCGUUGCAACAAAGAAAGUCCAGGUGGAAAAUGUGAUCAUCCAUGGUGUGGAACUCCAAUACUAGUAACAUCCCCAGUAGGCGAGCCAUUAUCGUCUGUAGUUUCCAAUGAAAGAACAUUUUCUGCCGAUGAAGCAAUACGCUUAUGCCGAGACUGUCUUGUUGCGCUACGAAGCGCAGCCAUAGCUAAUGUCCAACACGGCGAUAUUUGUCUGGAAAACAUAAUACGCAUUGUGGAAAAACAAGGCAAUGCUAGAAACCAUCACCAACAAGCAAUGUAUGUCCCGAUAUCUUGGGGUCGAGCCGUCUUGGAAGAUAGAGACAGCCCUGCUAUAAAUUUACAAUUCUCGUCGUCUCAUGCACUUCAGCACGGGAAGCUUUGUCCUUCAUCUGACGCCGAAAGCAUCAUCUACAUCGUCUAUUUUAUCACCGGAGGGACUAUGACCCAGCAAGAUUCUAUCGAGUCUGCUUUACAAUGGAGAGAAAACAGUUGGGCGAAACGAACGAUACAACAGCAUCUUGGUCAGGUUUCAGCUCUACUGAAAGGUUUUGCCGAUUACGUGGAUAGCUUGUGCGGUACUCCAUAUCCGGUUGAUUACGAUAUAUGGUUAAAAAGGUUUAACAAUGCAGUAGAAGGUUCAGCUGAUAAAGGUAAAAUGAUUGAAGAAGUAGCCAUAAUGUUGAGAAUAGAAGAUGCUGCUGAGUCUUCUGGAGCUUCUGGUCCUUAA